AUGUCGCAAGCCGAUGAUAUCAAGCCAGAGCCAGAAACACAGGAUGCCGCAAUGGAGGAUGCGCCGAGUCCACCAGCGACGGCAGAGAAGUCGAAAGUCAAUCUGGAGGAGCUAUUCGACGAUGAUUCAGACGGGGAGUUUGCAUCGAGUGUGCCAGUCAGGUCUGAAGAGGACGCAUCUCAGUCAGCGCCGAUCAAGAUCACAAGCCGAUCAUCUUUUUCCGACCCCGAGAUAAUGCGCGUCUUCUACCAACGUCUCUUUCCUUUUCGUUACCUCUUCCAAUGGCUGAACCACAGCCCGACCCCCGCGAACGACUUUGCCCAUCGAGAGUUCGCAUUCACACUUCCCAACGAGGCGUACCUACGAUACCAAUCCUUCCCCACCGCUGAUAUGCUUCGCAAACAAUGCAUACAGAUGCUGCCUACCCGGUUCGAAAUUGGACCCAUGUACAGUACAAAUCCACGAGAUCGCAAGACACUCCGUAAGGCUAGUGCGUUCCGGCCACUCAUGAAAGAGUUGGUAUUCGAUAUCGAUAUGACAGAUUACGAUGAUAUCCGUACGUGUUGUACUGGUGCAUCUAUCUGCCACAGGUGCUGGGCUUUCAUCACGAUGGCUAUCAAAGUUGUGGAUGUUGCGCUGCGAGAAGACUUCGGCUUCUCCCACAUCCUGUGGGUCUACUCCGGACGUCGCGGUGCUCACGCCUGGGUCUGUGACAAGCGUGCACGUCUCAUGGAUGACCAAAAGCGUCGCGCAAUAGCUGGAUAUCUUGAACUUCUGAAGGGGGGCGACCAAGGCGGAAAGAAGGUCAACGUCCGACGUCCCUUGCAUCCACAUCUUGAGCGUAGUCUUAACAUCUUGAAAGAGCAUUUCCAGACAUCCAUCCUAGCAGAGCAAGAUCCCUGGGCCUCGUCCGACAAAUCAGCACAUCUCCUUAAUCUUCUCCCUGAUCCCACAUUGCGCGCUGCGCUACAAAAGAAGUGGGACUCCGCACCUAAUCGCGCUAGUGCGAGCAAAUGGGCAGACAUAGACACAUUAGCCAAGUCUGGCGCACUGUCGAAAACCAGCAAAGAGCUGCUUGAGGCAAAACAAGACAUCGUACUUGAAUACACGUACCCGCGUCUCGAUGCCGAAGUCUCCAAGAAGCUGAACCAUUUGCUCAAAAGUCCAUUCGUUAUUCAUCCUGGUACAGGACGUGUUUGUGUGCCUAUCGACACAAGGACGGUCGAAGAUUUUGAUCCCCUGAGUGUCCCGACAGUCACACAACUCCUGCAAGAGAUCGACGAGUGGGACGGCGAAGAAGGUGAGAAGAAGCUUCAGGAUUGGGAGAAGACAAGUCUGAAGCCAUACAUUGACUACUUCCGCAAAUUUGUUGCCGGUUUGAUGGAGGAGGAGAAGCCAGCUCUCAAACGUGAGAGACAAGAGGAGACCAAUGCCAUGGAGUUCUGA